AUUGCAUCAUGUAACUCUCCUAGAUUAGGAACAUUCAUCUACGGAAAUCUUGUCCUUCUUCUCCUUCUCUCCUCUGCUUCUCUCUCAUUACAACCCACUCCCAUAAUUUUCAAGUUAAAGGUGUGAUAUUUGUGAUUAUUUUAAGUAAAGAUGGGGAGAGGGAAGAUUGCGAUUCGAAGGAUCGACAACUCGACUAGCCGACAAGUGACUUUCUCAAAGAGAAGAAAUGGAUUGCUGAAGAAAGCUAGAGAAUUAUCAAUUCUUUGUGAUGCUGAAGUUGGAUUGAUGGUGUUUUCCAGCACUGGAAAGCUUUAUGACUAUGCAAGCACAAGCAUGAAAUCUGUUUUUGAGCGCUACAACAAGCUAAAAGAGGAACAUCAUCACCUCAUGAAUCCGGCUUCAGAAGAAAAGUUUUGGCAGACAGAAGCAGCAAACUUGAGGAAACAGCUUCAGUAUUUGCAAGAAUGCCACAGGCAAUUAAUGGGUGAAGAACUUACGGGUUUGGGUAUCAAAGAACUACAAAAUCUGGAAAACCAACUGGAGAUGAGUCUAAAGGGUGUUCGCAUGAAAAAGGAUCAAAUUUUAACAAGUGAGAUUAAAGAACUGCGCCAAAAGGGAAAUCUCAUUCAUCAGGACAAUGUUGAACUCUAUCAAAAAAUGGACCAGAUUCAAAAGGAAAAUGCAGAGCUACAGAAGAAGGUUUUCGGAAGCAGGAGUACAGGUGAAGAAAAUGUGGCAUCCAGUCCUUCUUACAUGGUCAGAAAUGAAUAUGAAUUACGUCCACCAAUCAGUCUCCAGCUAAGUCAGCCACAGACUCAAUACAGUGAACCAUCAGCCAAAGUAAUGAAACUCGGAUUGCAGCUGCAUUAGCAAAAAAUUGUUCAGUAAACGGGGAUUUGUCAUUUUGUGACAAGAAGCAACUGUUACAACUUCUGCCUAGAAUGGUCAGACUUUCCACGAGUU